AGCUCAAGUGCUCGAGUGAAGGUCGUCAUGCCGGCCGCUGACAUCAUGUCACCUGUUGCCUUUCAGCUGAGACCUUCAUCGGGCUGAUCCAGUGGGAUCCACCGACCCUGGUGAUGGGAGAAGAUGCUGAAGCCGAUGCCUGUCCUGCCUUGACGGCUGCCGAAAUCGAGGAGUACAGCCGCAUCAAGUGCUGCGUCUGUGGGGAGCGGGUCAAGGCGGAAGAUGUCGCGGAACAUUCGCGGCGCUGCGUGCUGGAACCAGCGCCCAACCUCCGGCUUCAGCUGGACAAGUGGCGCAUUGUGUCUACCAGCAUGACGCCCAGCGAACAGCGGGCCUUCCUACACAUGCGCCGGACGGAGGAAUUGGCCAAAGUUGAGGAGAUUGAAGCAGCCUUGGCGCAGAGAAUGCCACAACUCUGGUGGAUGCCAGGGAAGUUUGGAUACAUCAUCAGUUCCAAAUGGUUGAGAAGUUGGCGGAGUUUUGUUGGGGUUGGAAAACCUACGGCAGAGACUAAAGACCGGCCACCUGCUCCCAUCAUCAACAGUGAUUUGUUUGAGAUUGAUGGCACCUUAAGAGCAACUCUCCAGGAGGGUAUUCAGCAUGACUAUCAAAUUCUAGAGCAGGCCAUGUGGGAAUUCUUUCUGCAGAUUUAUGGGGGUGGACCCACCAUCCUCCGCUACAAUCCCAGUGGUGUUCUCCCUGGCAUCAGCGAUCCAAGCGUCACCUUCGAAGGAAAGUGGCGGGAGAGCCGACCGGACACCGGGAACGGGAAAGUCUUCGACCCCUAUAGCGGCCGUGGCUUUGAUGGAGAGAUCCAAGACGGCUUUCUCUGGAACUGCACGGGCAAGGGGUUGUUGAAGAAUGGCAGUCACUACGAGGGACAGGUGGUGAAUGGCAUGCCAGAAGGCUCAGGAAGAGAAGUGAGACCUGAUGGUACCGUGAUUGAAGGGACGUUCCAAAAUGGAAAGCUACAUGGUCCCGGCCGUGUCGUUGAUGCACAUGGCAUGGCCCAGGAAGGUGAAUGGGAAGAUGGAGAACUCCAAGGGAUCUGAAAGCCAGAACCAUCACUCUCGGCAUCCGCGGCCACAGCAACAGUUCCGCCACCUUUGCCCUGAGAUUUCCGGAGAUCCAACAAACCAACUGCUUUAAGCCAAUGAUUUCAAAGUCAAAAA